AAUUGUGAGUACAUGUUAGUUUUGGUGAAACUCAACGAUAUAAGUAAGGAGUCCUUUUAUGUUGUGGCAAAAUCGAUAGGUUUACCUAAUAAGUUCUUAGACGUGCCUAUCAACCAAGAAUAGUUUCUAGACUAUUAGCAAAAGAUUUUUGCUUACCUAAGAUGUUUUAGGAUUGAGUCGACAAACUGUGCUUAAUUCUUCAAUGGAUUUUAGGAUCUUGGAAUCAUUUUAUUCACACCUGCCGGAACACAUAACUUGAAUAAAAUGCUUAAUGAACAUUGAAUUAUGCAUGUAUGCUAGAAUUUAAGUUUAUUAAGAGAAACUGUGAAUGGUUAUUUAUUUGUUUAUUCUUUUCAAUUGUAGUUUUAACUAUGGCAAACAACAAUCAAAACAUCAUCAUGGGUUCUGAGCUUAUGGUCAAGCUGAACCUAUCGAAUUUUCUUGAAUGGGAAGCUAAGCUAGUUGAAAUAAUCAGACUCAAUGGACUUGAGUAUGUACUAUUACAUCCCAUGCCAAGCUACUAUGCCAGAGACAUGACCCCUGAAAGAUUUUCCGCCUGGGAUGCGGAUCUCAAAAAGGUUAUGAGUCUCAUGCUGAACAAUAUCCCUGAUGAAUGGGCUAGAAGGUUUGUAGCUUAUGAACCUUUUACGCUCAUCAAGAAUCUGAGGGAUAUCUGUCGUGGAAGCACGGAGGACAGGGACCUGAACGUCCAUGAGUUGAUUGAAUCAAUGUCUGGUCUAAAGGUUAGUUCUCCCAACAGGUGUUAUAGGAUGGAAGUCCAAGAAACACAUGUUCAGCUCCUUCGCACUAAACAGAGGGUAGGCGUCCCACUGAGGUUCCAUGUGGAUCUUAUGCGUUCAUACUUUGAUCGCCUAAGUCUACUAGGAACACCAAUAAGCGAAAGGAUGACAGUCUCUAUCUUGCUCAAUUCACUACACAGUGGGUUUGGUCGCUUCAAGCAACUAUACCUAAGUGAACCAAGAGAAGAAACAGUUGCAGAAUUUGUUCACCUUGUCAGAAAGGCUGAGAUAAUACUGGACUGUGAAGCCAAAGAUUUACUCAAGGCUAGAGGGAGACCGUUCAAGAAAAGUGGAAAGUCCAGGGGCAAUGCUAAAUCAAAGCAGGACAAGUCCACAUCAAGCUGUCUUUAUUGUAAUGGAAUAGGCCAUUACAAAAGAGAAUGUUCAAAGCUAAAGGAAGAUCAGAAGAACGGAACAGUCGUUCCAUCUUCAGGGACUAAGAAGAAGUAGAAAGUUAAGCAAGGGUGAAGUCGACCUACGAGUGGGAAAUGGAGCAAGGAUUGCUGCAUUAGCUGUAGGAACUUAUUAUUUGUCGUUGCCCUCUGGGCUAGUUUUGGAACUGGAAGAGUGUUUCCAUGUUCCAAGUCUUACUAAAAACAUCAUUUCAGUUUCUUGCUUAGAUGCUAAGGGAUUUUCCUUUUUAAUAAAAGACAAUAGU